UCCGCUGUACUGUCAACUACUGCAAUUCUGUCACGUAACAUGAUAUACACUGUGUGCACUAUACAAACAAAAAAGCAAUAAGCACAUGUGACGUCUGCGCACUUCAUGAUAGUUUCUGUCGAAUAUUUGAUAUCGAUUUAUCUAAAGCUAAGCGAUAACAUCAGGAACUCGCGAUACUUUCUUUUCUUUGUAGCUUUUUUGUUAAAAAUACGAACAAUAGUUUAUUCUGUGGUUGCUCGCCUUUCAUAAUAGUAAAUCUUUAAUAAGGGAUAACUAUCACGUAGUUCUUAUAAUUCAGUUUUAUUCGCAUGUAAACAGUUAACAUUAAUUAAUAUUGAAAUUAGUUAAAAGCCGUCCGUCAUAUAUUCUUCCGCUGCGUAUUGCGCAAAGGAUCCUUACUUUUACAAGGACAACGUUUCAAUAGAGUCUGCUUCGCAAAAAUAAACAUAUUGUGAGUGUCAAAUAAUAUCUAAAAUAUUGGAUUUAUAUAUCGGAUACAUUUAUUUUAUUUACUUUUUACGACAAACCAUUUAUUUUCCUAUUUAAUAAGGAUUAACAGUGACAUUCAUAAAUUUGUAAAAUCUGUAUUCUUUAGUUAAUUCAAUUAAACGAAUAUGAUCGCAUGAUGCAAACAUUUAAUCGUAAAUUCAAUAGUUAUUUAAGUGAAUAUGAUAAAAUUUAGCAAACAAGAUCGAAUAUUCAUCCUGAAAUAUAAAAACAAACGUGUAGAGUCUGCCAAAAAUAAAGGUCUAUCAGGCUGGUCAGUGUAGUCAGUGUGUUGAAAACAAACCACUUUUGUUUAUGCCUCAUGGUGUUUGUGAAGUAAAGUAACUUCGAGUACAUGAAUCACAUUUAACGCUUUAGAUUAAUGCAUAUACUUGUGGGCGUUGCAUGGAUGAGAAAUGCUUUAAAGAGGAAAUACAUAUGCAAGAUUCGUUCAUACAACGACAAUUUUGUCAAGUGCGAUCGGACAUUAUAUCAUUGUUUAUCGAGCAGCCUCAUUGCUGAUACAAUUGAAUAAAGUACUGGAUGUUAAACAAAUGCAUCAUACAAUGUAUGUGGGCUCUGUGUCAUUUCAAGCAAGAAAUCAACACUGUUAUAGCGAAGCGUUGGUUUGGCAUUAAGAAGGUUAAUUAUUAGGACCUUCUGACAUUGAUCUUGUUCGCAAACGUGCAAUGUGUACACUAAAUGAAGUUAAAAUGGGUUUGUUUAUAACGUAUUUAUCAUGUGUUGUUAUCGUCAACUCUAAAAUAAAUAGGAUAUCAGCAACACCAAAAUAUGAAAAUAGGUCAGCAAAUGGAAAUCUCCGGAAGUUUGUUGAUAUCUACGAUGAUAUUGAGUUACAGUGGCUAGAUUCAGUAAAAUGGAAAGCGGUUGAAGGGCAAAUGGCGAUCUCGGGGACAGAUAUUCCUGACUACUGCCACACGUGCAAUUGUACGCAGCUUAAUAAUGACAUGUAUGUGGAUUGCGCUCACAGAGAUUUAUCAACUGCUUUCGAGUCCAUACGCUCAAAUACUUUGGUGCUUGAUUAUAGUGAUAACGGUAUCGAAAUUGUGUCAUUUGAAAAUUUCGUUGGCUUGACACAUUUAAACGUGUUGAGCUUAUCGUUUAAUCUUAUAAUUCAUCUUGAUGAUACCGCAUUUAAUGAUCUUACAAAUCUUACGGAAUUAUACUUGGACCACAACAGCUUGAUUGUGUUGCAUUAUUGUAUUCCAACAGGAACGCUAGAUCACCUGACUAACCUGCGAGUACUUACACUACACGGAAAUGUCAACCUUAUUGAUUCGGGCUCAAAACUCAAUGGCGAAACAUUUCGAUCAUUGAGAAAUCUACUUUUUCUUUCCAUCGAUGGAUUUAAAAACAUUACUUUCGACAAGAAUUUUCUGUAUACAAAUCUGUCAACACUGCUGAUAAAAGGAGAACCGUCAAGAUGUGACAUUGACGUUUUAGAAGAUGAUGCAUUUGAUGGUUUGUCCAAACUGCAAAAUCUCGUGAUGAAACAGUGCAAGAUCAAAUUGCUUUCACCGGUAGCUCUUGCAAAUCUUAAGUCCUUGGUAUACUUUGACAUUUCAGGCAAUCAUCUUUUGGGCAUGAAACAAGUUUUAGGUCCCGUUGCUAAGGCUUUGAUAAACAGUAAAAUUAAAAUUCUCAAAUUAAACGGGGUAUCGCAUCAAACUGGUAUCAAGUUAAAGAGCGAAGACUUUUUGUACAUAAGUCAUUUAAAUCUUAUGGAAUUACAUAUGGAUUUAAAUAGUAUCGUAACGCCAGACGGCUACGGUUUCGUAUUUUCAAAUCACUCUACACUGAAAGUACUAAGUCUUCGACGAAACAUGUUAUAUUAUAGCGAAUGGUUCGUUGAAAAUGUGUUGUUUUUAAACCCCAACAUAGAAGUGCUAGAUUGUGGAGAUCAGUUUACGGUUUUAAGUCUUCUUAAUAUCACAAUAGAAAAUUCGGAACAUGACUCAGAAGUAUACUUAAAUCACCGCAAGCUCAGUAUUCGUAAAUUCAUAUUUACUGGAACUAGAAAAAUGUUAAUCCUUCCGGAUUUUGGAAGAACAAACUUUGUUGAAUAUAUUGACAUUUCUUGUAAUUAUAUCUCAAAAUUUACUGACAACCAACUGACGAAUUUAUUUCAUUUAAUGUUUCUUAACAUGUCUAACAGCUUCAUAGAAACACUUUCUUACUCUUUGUUUAAGAACACUCCAUCUUUAAAAUAUCUUGAUAUGCAAAACAAUCUUCUUGGAUUCGGGCUAAACUCGUCAAAAGCUGCAGAUAUGUUUGCACCUUUAAAAAAUUUGGAGACCAUUAUUCUUUCAAAGAAUAGGAUUUACAGCUUAAACAAACAUAUUUUCUCUAAAUGCGUCGCAAUUAAAACGAUUGAUCUCUCAGAAAAUUACCUUGAUACUUUUGAUUUGAUUCUUCAUACUCUAAACAAUGUGUCAGUCCUGAAUCUUCGAAAUAAUCGAAUCCAAACAUUGUCUCAGACCGUACGCUCAUAUCUAUCAAUAAUUGCAUCCAAGCAUUUAGUUGUAGUAAAUUUAGAAAACAAUAAACUUAUUUGUAGCUGUGAUAAUAUAGAGUUCUUGAACUGGCUUUUAAAUACAACUGUUUCUGUAACAGGCAAAGAUGAUUAUAAUUGUUACUUCAGCAAUUCUAGCCAAUCUUUGAUUAAUACAAACACAGUGCAAGCUUUAGAAACGGAGUGUUUCAAGUACUUAGCCUUAAUUAUAGUACUAACGGCUAUAAUAACCCUAUAUUUGGUAUUAAAUAUAGCGGUAAUUAUCUUUAGAUAUCGCUGGCAUAUCUUGUAUCGGUACAUAGCUUCGUUAAGAAUCGAGAUCGGAAAACGAACUUAAGGCAACAACUGUUUCAGUAUGAUGCACAUGUAGCCUAUUCUGAUAAUGAUAGCAGUCACACUAUUAUGGCUUUGCAUGAUAGGCUUGAAGUUGAACGCAAAAUGCGGCUAAAUAUUCGAGACCGCGACUUUCCGC